AUGGCGCAUUCUCUCCGUGCCCCGACGGCGCCAUACAGUGAGCCUCUCCUGCCGCAGCUCGACGUGCGCAAUCCCUAUUACACCGACCUGCAUCACAACCUGCGCGCCUGGGUCCGCGACUAUGUAGAAACAUCCAUUGCGCCGUAUGCUCAGGAAUGGGAGGCCGCAGGGCAAGUCCCCGAAUCCGUGCGACGACGUCAUUGCGAGCUCGGCUUCGGCAUCGUCCAUCCCCUCACCACCGACGAGAAUGCGGCCGGUCUAGCGCUACCCGGUAAUGUGCCUCGUGAGAAAUGGGACACUUGGUGCUCGCUUAUUGUGGGCGACGAGCUCACGCGCGUCGGGUACGUCGGUGUGGUUUGGGGCCUGGGCGGUGGCAAUGGAAUCGGAUGUCCGCCCAUCGCCAAGUUCGGCACGCCGGAGCAGCAGAAGCGCUGGUUACCAGGUGUUGCGAAGGGUGAUAUUAGAUUUUGUUUGGGGAUCACGGAGCCAGAUGCUGGUUCUGAUGUUGCCAAUAUUAAGACCACUGCCAAGCGCGAGGGCGAUCAUUACAUUGUCAAUGGUGCGAAGAAAUGGAUUACCAAUGGUCUCUGGGCGGACUAUUGUACCGCUGCAGUGCGAACGGGUGGCCCAGGGAGAACGGGCAUCAGCUUGCUGGUUAUUCCCUUGGCGGCCAAGGGUGUUACUCGCCGGCGGAUGUUCAACUCGGGAGUGAAUGCCAGUGGAUCAACCUUCAUUGAACUGGACGAGGUCCGCGUCCCCGUCGAGAACCGGAUCGGAGAAGAGAACAAGGGAUUCCCACUGAUCAUGUCUAACUUCAACCCGGAGCGUCUGGCCCUAGCAUGUGCCUCCCUGCGGUUGGCCCGUGUCUGCGCUGAAGAUGCCUUCAACUACGCGAUCCAACGGGAGACCUUUGGCUCGCCCCUGAUCCAAAAGCAGGCAAUUCAAUCCAAGAUAUUCAAGUUUGGCUUGAUGAUUGAACCCGCCUACGCAUUCAUGGAACAACUUGUCAACAUUCUCGAGCUCACUAAAGACCGACCCAUGGACGAUGUCAAGAUCGGCGGUAUGACCGCGCUGCUCAAGGUGAUGUCUACCCGAGCCUUGGAAAAGAGUGUUCGAGAGGCACAGCAAAUUCUCGGAGGUGCGGGAUACAACAAGGCCGGGAAGGGGGCACGCAUUGAGCAGAUCAGUCGUGAUGCUCGGGUGCACGUCGUUGGAGGUGGGAGUGAGGAGAUUAUGAUGGGCCUUGCGCUCCAAGAAGAGACCAAGGCACUUAAGACGCGGCGACAGGUGCUCGAGAAGAGACAGUCAAAGGUGUGA